GAAUGACUGGCUACUCAGUUUGGUGUUAUGCAGCUUUUCAGCACAGCUUGUGAUAGAGUAUCCUCUCUCAGUUCAAAUAUUUAUGAAACAUUCUAUGAUCUUAUUAACAAGUUCACUUUGUUUUACGCCGGAGUCCUUAUAAGUAUAAGAGAAGGUAUUUUGGCAGAAAUAUUCCCGAGCCUUCUUUUGUCGUAUGUAAGUAGCUGGGUUGGGAUUUCUCGAGAUUUCCAGAAUGCUACCGUCCUCCUUAUACUUACUAUAUUUUUGCUGGGUCUAUCGACAUUCUUACUUCUAUGGCACUUGAAGUCUCAUGUGCCUUUGCGUGUUAAAAUCACUAAAGUUCCUCGAGGAUUCCGACGAAGAGAUAAGAUCAGGUACCAUGCGAUUAGGUUCGGACGCAAAUUCAGCGAAAUAACGGAGGAGUUAAAAAAGGUACAGACAAAAGAAGAACGCAGAACCACGAUCAUAAAUUUCGCGAGAAAGUGAUUUGAUUGUUCUUAACCCUCAGCCUACAGAAUCUUCAAGUUGCAUGACGUUGGAAAGUCGCCGACGCUGGCCUAUGGUCGACUACCUGAGUCGUUUUUUGAACCAGAUGAAGAAGAUGUCUCUUCAUUACCUGAAGAUCUCCGCUUGAUGAUAAGUUCGAUACGAGUUUUUGGGCAAUUGGAAAAAUCAUUUUUUAUCAGGUUUUGCAAGUUCAUUGAGACAAUUGAGCUGAAUGUAGGCGAUUGUCUGUUUCGUAUUGGAGAUGAGGAUAAAUGUGUAUAUGUUAUUCGUAGUGGUAGAAUCCAAAUCACUGUCACAGAACCGGAUGGAUCCAAAUGCACCAUCGCUGAAGUUGGGAAAGGUGGGAGUGUUGAUAGUUUGCUAUCUGUUCUGAGUAUACUUACUGGUUAUCCUUCAACUUUUGAGUUCAUGGAAGCAGUAGCUUUAGAGCCCACUACUGUAUUAUGCCUACCGGCCCGAUCAUUUUUGGAAAUAUGCAAAACACAAACACCUCUUUUUCGCAUUAUUCAAAUGAUUGCAGUUAGACUUCAGCGUUUAAGCUUUAACGCGCUACACACUUAUCUUGGUUUGAGUUCGGAACUAAUUAAUAAGGACUUUUCUCCUAUUUCUGGUUCAUCUGAAGCCUACGAAUUCCUAUGCAAUAUUUUUGAAAAGAAAUCAUCAAUGAAAGACUUUAACGAAUUCGGUAAUAUUAGUUUAAAAUAUCCAGAUUUGGAUCUUACGUGUUCAAAAGUUAAAUUUUCCAUGUCAUAUGUCACAGAUGACCAAAAGUCUAAGAAUUCUGAAUCAGAAUUAGAACAGGUUUUCACCUAUAAUGAUGAUUUGAAUUUAGAUUCAAUGUCUCAAUCUGGUGCACUUGAAUUAGGUGAAAGUCCUAUAUUCUACAGUCGGAAAAGGACAUCAUCUCCCAUGUAUUCACCUUCCCAACCACCUAGUCCAAAUUGUAAACAUCGUUCCACUAAUUUACGUCGGGCACGUUCUCUUGCAGAUACAUCCUGUAAACUUCAAUUAAACUGUGAUGAUGUAAAUGAUGUGAUAAAAGACAUUGGUAAUGAAAAUAACAAAGAGGAACCUUCUGAUUUUGUUAAAGAUGUUAGUUUUACCAAAAGUGAAUUAAAAGAAAUGAUAAAAUUUGCUGAAAAAGAUUUAUCUAAUUUAUUAAAUUUAACCGAUACCAGUAUCCUGCAUGGACACGUUUCACUUACUACUGUUUCGUCUGAUUUUAUACUUUCAAGAGAAUGUGAAAUGCAAUUAGAAAUGUACUAUGUAAUAUUUGGAGAAUUGAGAGCUUUCCAAUCAACUAAUGAUGGACCUAAUAAUGAUGUCAUUACAAUGUUUAAAUGUGGACCGGGAAAGGCGGUUGGACUUUUGGGACUGAUAACCGGUGAACCAAAUAUUUAUGGCAUACAAGCUACUACAAAAACUAUUGUAGCUGUUUUAUCCCGUGAGACAUUUUACUCUGUAGUUCGUCAAUAUCCUAAGGCUUUGUUCAGUGUUACUCAUAUUAUUUCUUCUCAUUUAUCACCGUUAUUUCAUCAACUUGAUUUUGCUAUGGAAUGGUUGUCUGUUAAAUCAGGAAAGGCUUUAUAUAAGAAAGGAGACGUCUCAAAUCACGUUUAUGUAGUUUUAAGUGGUCGAUUAAGACAAGUCGAUAAUAUGCCUGAUGGAGGUCAUCGUAUAGUCAGUGAAUUGGGGCGUGGUGAUCUCGUUGGUUUUCUUGAAGUCAUUAGUCAGCAACCACGAAUAUCUACAGUUAUGGCGAUCAGAGAUUCAGAAUUGGCUCAAAUCCCCUCACAUUUACUCCAUCAUCUUAAGAAUAAAUUUCCACAAGUUUUAACUCGUAUUAUUCAAUUAUUAUCGGAUAAAUUAUUGGGUAAUUUAACAACUAGUUCUAGUACGGCCAGCCAAUUGGGUAUGCCACUUCUACAUAUGACCAGUACAAAUUCUUUAGUUACCGGUGGAUUAGGUUAUACAACUGGUGGGAAUUCUAAAUUGGAUGUUUUAUAUAGUCCAUUGAAUAGUGGUGUUAUGACUAAUCUACGUACAAUUGCUGUAUUACCUACUACAACGGAUAUUAAUGCUGAAGCGUUCACUUUGGAAUUACAACAUUCUAUGAGUUCGAUGGGAUCAUCUGUUCGUCUUACUUCAGAUAUCGUACUGAAACGUUUAGGUUCAUGCGCAUUCGAUAGCGUUAACCAGUAUAGACUUAGUACUUGGUUAAGUCAUCAAGAAGACUCACAUCGUAUUGUUUUCUUCGUUUGUGACUGUCAGCGAGUUUCAGCCUGGAAUCGUAUAUGCAUUCGUCAAGCUGACUGCAUUUUGGUUUUAGCUUUGCAUUCGUCUGAUCCAGCGCGUCCGUCACCAAUAGAGAUGGUAUUAAAAAAUGAUCCGACGAAGGUUGCCAAAGUACUUAUUCUCAUGUAUCCUUUAGAUACAGAUUAUCCAGAAUCCGGUAAAACUGCAGUAUGGUUAAAUGCUCGACCAUGGAUUAGUCAACAUUAUCAUAUACGUUGUGAACCUCGUGUAUUUAUACCUCGUUCAAAGUCGAAUCUUAUCAAUUUUUAUACUAAAGUAUUUGCUCGUGAAAAACCUAAUCCACUUUCUGAUUUCUCUCGUCUUGCUCGUUACUUAGUAGGUGAGGCUGUUGGUCUUGUUCUAGGUGGUGGAGGAGCAAGAGGUUGUUCACAUGUCGGACUGAUACGUGCUUUUCAAGAAGCUGGGAUUCCAAUUGAUUUAGUUGGUGGUACAAGUAUUGGCUCUUUUAUGGGUGCUUUAUGGGCUGAUGAGACUCGUGUUGCACAGUUUACUCAAAGAGCCAGAGAUUUCACUAACUGUUUCAAUUCUAUAUGGAAGAAAAUAAAAGACUUCACUUAUCCUGCAGUGUCGAUUUUUUCCGGUAAAGAACUUAAUCGUCAACUUCAAUCGAUAUUUCAUGACCGUCAAAUUGAAGAUUUUUGGCUUCCUUUCUUUUGUGUAACAACAGAUAUAACUAAUUGUAAAAUGCGUAUUCAUACACAAGGAUCGUCUUGGAGAUAUGUACGUGCAAGUAUGUCAUUAUCUGGUUAUUUACCACCAUUAUGUGAUCCUUACGAUGGAAGUUUAUUGUUGGAUGGUGGGUAUACUAACAAUCUACCAGCUGAUGUAAUGGUAUGUUUCGGUGCGAAAACGAUCUUUGCUAAUGAUGUUGGGUCUGCUGUAGAGACAGAACUUACGAAUUAUGGUGAUCAUUUAUCGGGUUGGUAUUUGUUAUACAAUCGAUAUUUCAGAGUUGGCACUCCUGUACUACGUAUCCCAAGUCUAACAGAAAUUCAAGCUCGUCUAGCUUAUAUUUCUUGUGUUCGACAGUUGGAAUAUAUAAAAGCCAGUGGGAUAUGCUUUUAUCUCCGACCACCGAUCGAUAAGUAUUUAACUCUUCAAUUCUCUGCGUUUGAUGAAAUAAAUGCUCUUAAGAAAACACUGCUGUAUUGAGGAGAGUACUGGCGGUAACUAGCAGGGUGUGUAAUAAAUCUUUUAAGGUCAUUAAUAAUAUGGUUGUGAAUAGACAUCUAAAAUCUUGCAAGCUUCUGACAGGUAUUCACUUAUCAAAUACUAUCUACUACUUUCACGUAUUUCCCAUUGUAUAUCUUUUGGGUAGAGUGAAACGUUAACACAUUAGAAUAUAUGUACGUAAGCAAAUGUAUUAAAGCUCUGCAAUACCUUAUCUAGUAAAUAUACUAUGUUGUGAACAGGUUGUUAGAGGUGACCUAGUCAGUAACUUGUAUUUUUAAUUAAUUGAAAAAGUUGUACAGAUUUAAAUCUUCUAAAAAAACAGUUCAUUUACUUCUGGGUAGUUUGUUUAUUGACUGUAUGUAUUUAUAAGUGUACAGUUAUCGGUUUUUUUCUUUUGUUUUGCAUGAGAGAUUUAUCGAAAUACCUUUUGCUGAGAAAUCUAUAUUGUACAAAAAAUAUAAUACUGAAUAGUCAUUAUUACUCAUUUUAAUAACAAAUCAGUGAUUCAAUGUAAAGCUUUGCGAAAAUAAAAAUAAACCACAUGAAGUUGGAACAAGUAGAAUUUGGCAGUAAAGUUUUUCUAUUAUUUGAUGUAACGCAUUUGAAUACUACUACUACUACUAUUACAAGAGGGAACCAUAUCUAAAGACAUUAUUUAACUAUCUUAUUUUUCUUAUAGAAUGUUGGCUAUGAUUACAUUAAACAUGUGCUUAAUACCUGGCAUGAAGAAGGUCGUUUACAAAAUCUCAUACCUGGUGUAAAACCACAUAUUUCCUCUUCAACUGAAAUAUCUACAUGUGAGAUAGAUCCGACAAGUACUCAAAUAAGUCCAGUUCAUUCACCAACAACUCAUAACUGGUUAACUCAGAGUUUUAGUGAUCAGCUCACAUUCAUUGAUCUAGCUGAGUGUGUAGCUAAAACAUCCGAAGGUGUGAAUUCUCCAGGUUCUGAUAAGUACCAUAGAACAGAUAGUACCAAUUUACAAAAUUUCUCUCAGUUACCUGAUAUGGCUGGUAAAAAUACUAUAACUGAUAUUUCUACUUAUAACAAUGCUCCUGAUUCCAGUGGUGGCAGUAUAACUACUGUGGGGAAACUUCCGAAAUCUACGCACACUGUUGUUUCAGAUUCAACAUCAAGAUAUUUUGAUACUGAUCACUGUUUACAGUCUGGAUCCAGUUCGAAAAUUUCAUCCUCAAAUGAACAAUACCGCAAGGAAGAACAAAAGCAUAUUUCCGACUUUUUGGAAAAUAAUCUGUCUUCCAAGUGUAGACGACGUUUCCUAAGUGGUUGUUACGAUGUCAGAAGCAGUUACUUAUACCGAAAUUCAAACAUCUUAUGUGAUGUGAAUUGUGCAUCGAUCCAAAACAAUUUGAUUAAAAGUGGUGUCCACGCUAAUCAUUUACGGAAAUGUAAAUCUGAUUAUGGUCUACAAGCGUAUGACAACAGUCAGACAAUGAAUAGCGAUGUCAACCCGGUGGUUAAUGCAAGAUCUGCACACGUUACUAAAUACAGUCUGUCUUCCUUUAGAUCUUUGGAAGAUGAUGGGUAUUUAGAAGAUGAUGAAAGUUCCACGGACAGUGCACAUUCUCCAGUUACGGCAUCUGAUCCCGAAUUAAGGCAUGAUGUUUAUCCCGAAUCCAGUAAUGCAGAAGAAAAGGGUUUGCGCCAAAGAUCAUCUUCUACCUAUGGACUUCCACCUUAUUUGUUACAUACAGAGGCGACAAACAAGAGAUGUGAUUCACCGAAUUCUGAUAAUAAUGUGAAAAAUCCAUCCCUCAUGAAAGGUCAACAAGGAAGCAAUGAUGUGUUUACCAACAACCCAUUGCUUAAGUUAGAUAUGACGUCGGUACGUAAUCGGACCAAGCCAAAUCGCAAAAGACAUCACCGUUCAUCAUUAGAUCGAGUAAGACAUUGGAAAUUGUUCAAUAUUCAUGUACUUUUAAUUUCUCGGUAUAUUUUAGUAUUUUAACGGCAUAUUAAGGAUUAUGUUUUCAGUGAAGCUUGGGUUUAACGUUGUCUGAAGAGAUGAGCAGUAGCUUAGGGAUUAAAGCACUUUGCUUUCAGCUAUUUGGACGCAGAUUCGAACCUACUUUUAUCUGGUCAGUCAGGUUAGUAGCAUUAGCUAAUCUCCUUCCUCCAAAAAACUUACAGGUAAAAUAAAACUAUCAACAAAUUAAGCAUCUUGAAUCACAGUUGAUUCCAUCCUGAACUGUCUUAUUCCUUAUGGAUGACUAGACCACCAUCACGUUAAUUGUAUUUUGCAUUCGUUCUUGAUAAAGAUUUGUAGUCUAUUAAGUAUUUAUAUUACAUCUACAUUUACCACGGGACGUAUAUAUUUAUUUGGGACAGUGUAUAACUACGAUUUCAAGUGUGGCUUUGUUAUAACCUACGAAACUGUUUAAAUAUAUCAGGGUUCUAGCCUUUAAAUCAUAAAUCUCGUAACUGCUGAUCACUUCAAAACCAUUUGUAGCAAAUAUCCCUGAAGCAAUGUUUUUUUUCUUUUGACUUCAUAGUUACGAACUGAUCGUGAUCGAGGAGCGGCAAACUCGCUUGUUAACCUGCCAUAGUUGCAAGCCGAAUGAUUACAUUGGAUUGACAAAUAAUAUGUGCUUGUGUGUGUGUACAUAUUCGUAAAAUUGUGAUAUUUCAUUUAUCAGUUACGUCUUAGUUUAUGAAGACAUGUUUGCUUUUAUACUUUAUUUCCACUUAUUUUCAAAUGCUCACGCACUCAUUCGUUUUGAUCUUAAAGCAAGAAAGAGUUUCCUGAAGCUAAUAUACAUUUAAAUUUCAUAAGUAAAGAGCAAAAUCAUUUAACAUUUUUUCAUGUGAUAAACAUUUGAAAACAGAUGUCAUGUUUAAUCUUUAUUACAUACAUUACCUACAACGAUUU